AACUUAAGGUAGUCUAGGCGGAAUAAGUGAUAUUUUCGGUUCUGGGAGAUUGUGCCGUUUUCCCGUUUCUCAAGGGCGCAGGAAAGCCGAAUCAUGGAUAAUUAUGUAAUAAUUAAAAUGAUUGGAGAAGGAGCAUUUGGCAAAAUAUUCUUAGCCAGAAAAAAAGAGGAUAAUCAACAAUGUGUUAUCAAGGAGAUCAAUUUAACUAAGAUGCCAAGGAAGGAAAAAGAAUCAUCUCAAAAAGAAGCAACUCUUCUAGCCAAGAUGAAGCAUCCCAAUAUUGUAGCUUUCUAUGCUUCCCUUCAAGAGAAAAAUAACUUGUAUAUUAUGAUGGAAUAUUGCGAUGGAGGGGACCUGAUGAAGAGAAUAAAUAUGCAAUAUGGAGUGCUGUUUGAUGAGGAUAAGAUCUUGGGUUGGUUCGUGCAAAUUGCCUUAGGUCUGAAGCAUAUUCAUGACAGAAAGAUUCUGCACAGAGACAUAAAAACACAGAACAUUUUUCUUAGCGGUAAUGGAAUAACAGCAAAACUGGGAGAUUUUGGAAUUGCAAGGGUGUUGAACAACACGAUGGAAUUUGCUAAUACCUAUGUAGGAACACCAUAUUACCUAUCACCUGAAAUCUGUGAAAAUAAACCAUAUAACAAUAAAACAGAUAUAUGGUCUCUUGGCUGUGUGUUAUAUGAGUUGUGUACUUUAAAGCAUCCUUUUGAAGGCAACAAUUUGCCCCAACUUAUAUUGAAGAUCUGCAGAGGCCAUUUCAUUCCUGUGUCUGUGAAGUAUUCUUCUGAUCUGAGAUUGUUACUAUCCCAGUUGCUUAGAACAUCUCCAAGAGAUCGCCCUUCUAUUAACUCUAUUUUUAAAAAAGCCUUUUUGGAGAAGCAGAUAAAGAAUUAUUUGCCACCUGAGAUCAUUGAGGCAGAAUUUAGUCAUACUGUUAUUCACAGGAAAAAAUCAUCACCUUCAUCAUCAGGUCAGAAACGAAGACUCCAUGAUUAUCGCUCUCCAAAAAUCAAGAUGGAAAUGCUCCCUAGAAAAUUAUUGCAUAAAAAUGAAUGCUAUUCUCCUUCAAGGAUUCAGGAUCCAAUUAUUAAGCCCUUGGGUCCUGCGUUUAAAAUAUGUGAGAAGCCAGACAUCAUUAGAAUGUGUGGACAUUAUGACCAUUAUUACGUAAAACUGGCAAACUUGCAGAAGAGAGCUUUGGUCCAAGAUGAUGAUCCCUGUAUUGGCCAGAGAAUGGAACAAUAUUAUAAGCAGAAAGGACAAGAACCACCUCUUCCUCCAUCUCAUGGACCUUCCGAGUAUCUUCAGAGACGAUUUAAUGCUCGGCAAAACAAGUUAAAAGUAGAGAAGCAACUGGGGCUACGGCCAUCAUCUGCUGAGUUUUGUCAGCUGCAGAAUCAAGAAAUGAAGGAAGAACAGCUCAAAGUCUGUAAUAAUGCUCUUCCUCAAAACAAUGAAAUGAAAGAACAGUCCAAUAACUUUAUGCAGGAGUAUCUGAAGCAGCUGCAUGAAAUUCGCCAACAGUACCAGAGUGAAGUAAAUGAAAUUCGUGUUAAAGCAGUUAAGGAAAAUAAAAACCUAAGGGAAAAAACCUAUAUUGUGAAACAGGGAAAGAGUGAGGACCAGUCUGUUCCUAAUACUAAUUAUGAAGAAAGAAAUGAACCAGGCCAGGACAUGGAACAAAACUUGAAACAAAUUGGACUGCAGAGAUGGCAGGAGAAGAACAACCCCGAAGUACAACAGAAAGCAAAGGGAGGUGUAAAGUUUCAGGUUAAUUUAACAGAUGAUGCAGCAGAUGAAAAAAACAUCCAGGAAGAAAAUGAGCAGCAUGAUGAACUUAAUGAAACACUGACUUUUGAACAUGGGGAAAACCUUAAGAAAAAACUGGAGGAGGAAUUAUGGCAUUGGAGGAUGGAAGUUGAUAAUGAAGAUGUGAUAAACGAAAGAAAACAUUGGCAAAUCUCAACUCCACAGACACUACUGAAUCUCUUAGAAAAUGCAGAUAUCACAUCUGUAUGGAAUACUAUGGACGAAGCUGGCCAGAUAAAUGAAAUACAUUCCGAGUUACCUGAUGCCAGGAAAAAAUGGAGCCCCAAAUUACCAAGUACUCUAAUGAAUAUGUUAGCAGAAGCAGAAUGCACCAGUGACACAUUAUGCCAAACUGAAGAACCUAAAGAAACAAUAAAUCACCAGAUUCCAGAAUCUAUUAAAGAUGCUCCAGAAAUUAAUUUAGCUGCUAACCCAGAUGAAAGUAAACUUGAUCCAAGAUCUGAUGAUGAUGAUACAAACUUUGAAGAAUCUGAAGAUGAACUAAGAGAUGAGCUAGUGGAAUCUUUAAAAAAUGUGGUAACAUCUCUAGAGGAGGAGAUUUCAAAAAAUCCAAUUGAAUCAGCAAACACAGAACAACAAAAACAAUCUAUAGCCAAUAGCAAACUUAGCAAAUCUAAUGACAGCUUGGAAGAUAAUAAUUACUUGACUGGAGAAAAACAAAGUGCAAUCAGUUAACACAUUCUUCGAUUCCAGUCCUGAUCCUGCAGUCACAAAAUCCAAGUAAAUUACUCACAGGAAAUUAAAGACAUGGUCUCUUUGACUGGCAGCUCUAGCUUCAACAGUAAGGAGAGUCAAUGGAAAAAAAGAGGCUUUAACCAGUUUUGGCUGGUGCAAAUUUUCAGCCCUAUAUGAAGAACUAUCUACCUUUGAAGACAACACAGAAGCAACAGGAGAUACAGAAUGCAGUGUCUGGAUUGAGUAGAAGAACUUGAUAGAGCAGAAUAACACUGAUUUUGAGGCCAUAUCAUUGGCUGCUAAUAAGCUUCUGAGUUCAAAUGUACUGGAUAUAUCCUUAUAUGAAAUUUGUGUUAAUAUUGGAUUGAUUUAAUGUUGGUUACCGCCCAGUCUGCACAAUUGGGGCAGGCUAUAGAUACUAUGAAAUCAAUAAAUUUCAGAGAAAUGUUUAAUGCAUUGCAGCAUACUAGUGUAUCUCCUAUCAAACAUUUCACUAUUAUGGAUUUCUGGGGAGAUUGCCUCUUGUUGAUCUUUAUUUAAAAUUCCUAAGUAUUCGGUUUCAGUAUUUAAUAGAGUUCACAAUUUGGCCAUGAAUGUCAAAAAUAUUAAACAAAUUAAAGUUAAUAAUGUAUAAUGUUUAUCACAUGCGAAUCAUAAUAAGUAGCAUUUGCUACUUUUUAGGACUAUGAGUGAACAGAGAAAACCUGAGAUAAUCAUGUAAAAUCUUGAUGAGAAUAUAAUAUCUGGUUAUUAAUAGUAAGUAUUGAUGGCAGUUUAUAUACCAUUUUAGGUCAGGCCACUAUAGUAAAUCGCCAUGCGAAUUUGAUGUAGUAUUGAGGACAGAAUGUCAUUUUUUGAUCUGAAAAUGCAAAUUAAACCUUAGUUACACAAUCUA